GCGCGUAGGGUUUCGCGUUGCGGCUACUGCCUCCCGCGCUCCGUAGUUCUCUCUGUCUGGCGUAGGCGAUUUCUCUACCUCCAGAACCGAAGCCUCUGGAUGAUAAACAAGCACAGGAGGUAGUAGAAAAUACUGAUUGAUUCUGAGAAGAUAAGUAGUGCUUCAGCUGUCCGACUUCAGAGCUGGACAUUUGUCACUUUGGAUUUUAAAAUAAUGUCAUCAUGGCAAGAUUUCGAAGAAGAACAUGCAUCAUUUUGUCACUUUUUAUUUUGUUUAUUUGCUCCCUGAUGAUGGCUUUGAAAACUCUGAGACCUGAUAGAGCUGUUUUUGGGGAUCCAUUUGGACUUGACCUUCUACCAGAACUUCGCCAACACAAAGUCCACUUGGAAACUAAACCUGAUAUGCCAAAUGGUGCCGGGGAUGAUAGUAUAACAAACAACAAGAAUAUAAAGAGUGUUGCUGCCAAUAGCCUAAAAAUUCCUGUGUUGCCUGAGAUAAACAUGGAAGAGCUUCCAUCUCCUAAUUAUAAUUUUCAUGUAUUUUACUAUAGUUGGUAUGGAAAUCCACAAUUUGAUGGUAAAUAUUUACAUUGGAACCACGCCAUCUUACCACACUGGGAUCCCAAAGUUGCUAAAAAUUAUCCAGAGGGCAACCACAUUCCUCCAGAUGACAUUGGGUCCAACUUUUAUCCUGAGUUGGGAACUUACAGCUCCAGAGACCCUUACAUCAUAGAGACUCAUAUGAGGCAAAUGCGUUCAGCUUCAAUUGGUGUGAUAGCCCUAUCAUGGUACCCACGUGGUUCAGCUGAUAAUAAUGGGGACUCUACAGAUGAGUUGGUGCCUGCUAUUUUGGAUAAUGCUCAUAAAUAUAAUCUGAAGGUCACUUUCCACAUUGAACCAUAUAAGAAUCGAGAUGAUCACAGUAUGCACAAAAGUAUCAAGUACAUUAUAGACAAAUAUGGAAGCCAUCCAGCUUUUUACAGGCAUAAGACCAGCACUGGCAGAGUCCUUCCCAUGUUCUAUGUGUAUGAUUCUUAUUUCACAAAGCCAGAAACCUGGGCCAAUCUUUUAACUGCCUCAGGGCCCCUGAGUAUUCGUAACACUCCCUAUGACGGAUUGUUCAUUGCUCUUCUUGUAGAAGAAAGACACAAACAGGAAAUCCAGAGAAGUGGUUUUGAUGGAAUUUACACAUACUUUGCCACAAAUGGCUUUUCUUUUGGCUCAUCACAUCACAACUGGGCAGGCUUAAAAGCCUUUUGUGACAGCAACAGCUUACUGUUUAUCCCAAGUGUGGGGCCAGGAUACAUAGAUACCAACGUCCGACCCUGGAACAACCGCAACACUCGGAACCGAGUCAAUGGGAAGUACUUUGAAACUGCUUUCAGUGCUGCUCUUCAGGUGCGACCUGAUGCUAUUUCCAUCACCUCCUUUAAUGAGUGGCACGAAGGGACUCAGAUUGAAAAAGCAGUUCCCAAGAGAACUGAACACAUGGUAUACCUUGAUUACCAGCCUCACAAGCCAGGUAUUUAUCUGGAACUCACUCGUAAGUGGUCUGAAAAAUACAAUAAGGAAAAGGAACAGUGGCUUGCGUGAAGUGAAUCCAAUGGCCAUUUUAAUAUACUUAGCCCAAAGUGUACUCAUAAUCAAAACAGUCCAAUGUAUCACAGUAUGCACAAUAUUUUGUCAGGUGUACAGAAGAAAUCUUUAAGUCAAUAUGCAUUUCUCUUUAUUAGAAAGAAUAUACAUUAUAUCUUUAUUAGAAAGAAUAUAGACUUUUGUAUAUUGUCAUUGUCAACCUCUUGCAAGUUGUAUUUUGAAAGUAUUUGAAAAGGAAGCUGUGCAAAUUUUUAUAUUCUGUAAAUUAGAUUUAACUAACCUCUCUUAAGAUAAUUUGUGAAACACUCGUGUACAGUAUUAGCAUAGUUUAUAUCAUUUAGGGCUAGAAUUGAAAUUCAGCUUUUAUGACAGUUUAAUUUUUAUUUUGUAGCCUGUGGUGCAGAAAGUAAUUAGCAUCUAAUUAGAGGCUACUUGCUUCCUGGACACAGAAACCUGUUUGGGUUUGUCUGUGGUAGAAAUCACUGUGGUAGAAAAGCAAGGUACUAUAAAAGAAUUGCUAAUGUAUGUGUUUCCUUCUUCAGUUUUGAAAUCCAUUUCCCUCCAGUGACUCAGUUAGCUAACUUCAUGCCUUCUUAAGAAUUGAGGCUAUUGGUUACUGGAACCAGAAACAGCAAAAUAAUUCUCCAUAACACACAGCAUACACACAAUCUGUGCCUUAAGUUAGCAUUACUAAGGCAUUGUUAAAGGGGAAGGGCCCUUUCUGCAUAGCUUGAUGUAUAUUGUUACUUUGCUAUUUUCUAAGUACUUACGCUGUGCUGUAUGCUAUGCAAGUCAUAAAAGCCAUCUCUCUGUCAGAAAUGGUUUUGUUUGGGUUCUUUAAGAUCCUAAAAUUUAGAGUUAAAAUAAUUAGUAAAAUACCACACAAGUUCAUGUCUGUCAUAUAUACAUUUGUGUAUAUAUGUGCAUGCAUAUGUAUAUGUUUUUAAAGCUAUUCAAAUAGUACAAAAAUUCAUUUUUCCUAGACUAUUUGUGGUAUCUGUCAUGUUUUAUUAUUUCUGUUCUUUAGGCUUGUUAAAGAAGUGAUUAUCAUUGAUUUGAAUUCAGCAAUGAGAUUUUAAGUGAGUCCAAAUGUAAGACUUCUUUUUUUUUCACGUAUCUAGUUCAUGUAAAACGAGUACAGCCUAUAGUUAGUGUUUAUGUAUAUAUUAUUUUAUUUUCAAUUCUAAUUUUAAAGGCACAGUCCAUUUUAGGAAAUGAUCUAUAUACAGAUUGAUGUGAUACUAUAUAAAAUUAUUUAAAUGUACAUAGGGAAAAUUGAGUGAAGAAUUUGGGUUAAUUUUGCUUUUACCCAAAUUUGUUUUUAUUAUGGUGAGAACAAGAAUAGUGUUAAUUCUUUCAAUAUGUAGAAAUAUAUCUAUAAUUUAGUACUUGGCACUUUCAUAGGACCUUUAAUCUGAGAAUUAAAACACUUAAAUAUGGAGAUCAAUGGUCCUUAACAGUAGAUGUUUGCCAUUUAAGAAUAACCUAUUUUCAGAUAUUAGUCACUCAUAGUAUUGAAAUUCAUCUACCAACUUACCACCAAAACCAGGAUGUUGAAAUGGAACCUUAAGUAGUACAAUAAAUUAUAUAGUUGUAACCCAGUCAGCAAAAUGUACCGAAUCCGCUGUUGGAACAAUAGAGUUAAAGUUAAGUAUAGAAUCUCAUGUAGGGGUGAAGAGUUGGGAAUAAAAUAAAACAGUAAACGUUAGGUCAUCCAGAGUAUCAAUAUUUGUCUUUGAAAAGGAGUCAGAAAUAGACGUUCAGAUAUACAGGCAAACACAUAAGGACCCUCAGUGUAGCUUGUCCUUGAUUUAUCUGGGCAUGUAUAGCGAGCGGUAAUGACAGGGAGGCUAUCACAGAUAACUGAAAAAUCACCAACAGUGCAGCCUAGCUUAAUCACUUUUCUAUGUUCCUUUGAUAUGUAGGGAUGAAUCUAGUGCCUUCACCAUAACGGAAAGAAAAGACUUUUGUAUAAAUUACGAGACCGUAGUAAUUAUAGCAAUAAUAAUGAUGAUAACUGAUACUAUUCCAGCGCUUUACAGUUUGCAGAGUGCUUUACAUACCUUAUUCAUUUUCUCCUCACAAAGACCUAUGAAGUCAGUAAUACAAAUGUUAUUAUCCCCAUUUUAUAGCUUAAAAACAGAGAUUCAGAGAAAUUUAGUGGCUUGGUCUUACAUUUUCUCACUCCAAAUCUAACAAUCUUUUCAUUUACCACUGUGCCUCCCAAUUAAGCAGAACAUUCAAUUAAAUGAAAUCACUUUUUCCAUCUUUACGAGAAAGAAAUGACUCCAGCCUCCCCCAACAUACCCCCUCACAAAAGCUACCCCAAAUUCAAAUUAUGUAUUAAUUUUUAAAAGUUACUUGCAGGUUAUUAAUACAGGUUUAAUUUAUCCUAUAAUCUUUCUACAACUACAAGACCAUGUACUAAAUUUUUGCAUUCAGAAUGAAAGUUCCUAGAAAAUGACGUAAAAGUCAAAAAUACAAAUGUUGACCCAUUGAACCUAUGGCAAAUAGGGGGUUAGGUUCCCACAACCACCAAAAACUGUAAUAUUUCACUAGAGAUAGCCGAAAAUAUACUUUUCUGCAUACAGUUAUGUUAAAACAUUAAUUCUUAUAAUAUGCAUUUUUCCUAACACAGUAACCAUGAAAUAACCCAUAAAAUGAAAUACACAAAAUAAAAUUGGUA